GAGGAAAAGAAAUCACAGAAAAAUAAUAGAGAGAAUGAUUUGCCUUUUAGUUCAAGUAAAUUAGCAAAGCCAAGCUAUAAAGGAAAUUUCAAAAAAACUGAGGGAAAACAAAAUGAAAAACAAUAAUCUUUUCCCCUCAAUUUUAUUUUGCCUUUUCUCUUCUUUUCUCUUCCCUUUCAUUUCUUCAACAACACCCUCAUGGCCGCCCAUGAACUCCAGCCACGCCGUCUCGACUGCCGCCCCGCCACCUCCGCCGCUGCAACUGCACAUUCUCGACCAACAUGUUGUGAUGGACAAUGGAAUAAUCAAAGUUAAUUUGUCGAAUCCAAAGGGUAUGGUCAAUGGAAUAGAGUACGAAGGGAUUGAAAACUUGCUUUCUCUGGAUAACGAUGAAGAUAAUAGAGGAUAUUGGGACAUCGUUUGGAAUUUGAAAGGAAGUUCAGGAACCAAGGGGAUUUUUGAUCGAUUGGAAGCAACAGACUUCAAGGUAAUUGUUGAAAAUGAAGAACAAAUAGAACUCUCAUUCAGCAGAACUUACAACAAUAAUUCAUCCACCGGAGGCAACCUCAUUCCAUUAAACAUCGACAAAAGGUUUGUGAUGCUUCGUAAUUCAUCAGGAUUCUAUACGUACGCCAUUUACGAACACUUGAAAGAAUGGCCUGCAUUUAACCUCGACAACACUAGAAUCGCAUUCAAGCCACGAAAAGACAAGUUUCAUUACAUGGCUGUAGCAGAUAAAAGACAAAGACUCAUGCCUUUGCCUGACGAUCGAAAGCCACCGCGAGGGCAAGCCUUAGCUUAUCCCGAGGCCGUGCUUCUUGUCGAUCCCAUAGAACCAGACUUCAAGGGAGAGGUAGAUGACAAAUACCAAUACGGCUGCGAAAGCAAAGACAGUCGGGUUCACGGGUGGAUAUCCACCGACCCACCCAUUGGGUUUUGGCAAAUCGCACCCACCGAGGAAUUCCGCUCCGGUGGACCCCUCAAACAAUUUCUCACCUCCCACGUCGGUCCCACAACCCUCACUGUUUUUCAUAGCACUCAUUACGCAGGAGAGGAUAUGGUUAUAAAGUUUGGAGAUAAUGAGCCAUGGAAGAAGGUUUAUGGUCCUAUCUUUAUCCAUCUCAACUCCUUGCCUGAGGGAGAGGAUCCACUUAGACUUUGGCAAAAUGCUAAACAACAGAUGAUGGCUGAAGUUCAAAGCUGGCCUUAUAGUUUUAUUGCUUCUGAGGAUUUUCCCAAAUCCGAUCAACGAGGCACCGUCAGCGGCAAAAUCCUAAUCCGGGAGAGAUAUGUGAGUGAUGAAUCUGUGCCUGCUAGUGGUGCUUAUGUGGGCUUGGCACUUCCUGGAGAACUUGGGUCUUGGCAAAAUGAAAGCAAGGGCUACCAAUUUUGGACAAGAGCAGAUCAGAAUGGAAGUUUCUCUUUGAAUAAUGUUCGGAGUGGAAAUUAUAGUCUUUAUGGAUGGGUUCCGAAUUUUAUUGGCAAUUACCAAUACAGUGCUUUCAUCGUCGUAACACCAGGCAGUGAUAUCAAAGUGGGUGAACUUGUUUUUGAGCCCCCAAGAGAUGGUCCUACAUUGUGGGAAAUAGGCAUUCCUGACCGUACUGCUGCAGAAUUCUACAUACCCGAUCCUAAUCCAAAGUAUAUCAACAAACUCUAUGUUAAUCAUUCAGAUCGGUUUAGGCAGUAUGGAUUAUGGGAAAGAUAUGCAGAGUUAUAUCCUGACGAGGAUCUAGUUUACACCGUCGGCCUUAGUGACUACAGAAAAGAUUGGUUCUUUUCACAAGUUACCAGGAAAAUAGGAGACAACAAAUAUGCCGGAACUACCUGGAAAAUCAAGUUCCAACUUGACAGUCCAGAUACUAAUGGAACAUAUAGGCUGCGUCUUGCAUUGGCCACUGCACAUGGUGCGGAGUUACAAGUCCGGCUGAAUGAUGCACAAGCACUUCCUCCAUUAUUUACAACUGGAUUGAUUGGAAAGGACAAUACUGUAGCUAGACAUGGAAUCCAUGGUCUCUAUCGACUUUACACGGUUGACAUUCCGGGUGGUGAGCUUGUGGUAGGCAACAAUACAAUUCUUCUUACGCAAGCAAGUAGCAACAGCCCUUUUGUGGGGAUCAUGUAUGAUUAUAUUCGUCUAGAAAGACCCUUAACAUCCAAAAUGUAAAUAAUUCAAUUGAAUUUUUUACAGACUCGUUCAAUAAAAAGUUCAUCAUAUCUUGACAAGGAAGUCUCGACUCUAUGUAUGUGCCUUUAUCGAUGAGAUGUUGAGGAAAUUAAGUGCCCAAUUCCUUGACUAUAAUAAAAUAAUUUUCUUUUCUUCUUAAAGUUUUAAUUAGGCAUGUUGAAGGAAUGAAGAGUUUGUGUUAUAAAACUCAAUAUUUACGAUGAUAAACAACUUAACUAUAAUAGUAAAAACUAUUGAAGUUUGUACA